ACACAUAAGAUGACGUCUUUUUUUUUUAUUAUUGUUAUUGUUUUCCCAGUAAAAAGGAUAGGCUGUCACUUUUUAUUUUUUUUUUCCACCUUUUUUUCCCCAUGUUGAAGUUACAACAAAAUCGUUCUGCUUUUAUUUACGGAGCCGCCGCAGUCUCGUUAGCUAUUUUAGGAUCAGGAAUUGCCUAUUAUAUUAUCGAGGAUGACAAACAAGUAAAGCGUAGAAAGGAAGGACGUAAGGCAGAACGUGCUGCUUUACACUUGUUACAGCAAAUCAAAGUUCAAGCCCAAACUAUACAAACCAAUUUUGAAGCUGUUGAAACUGAUAUCGAGAACCAAGCUAGUACCGAUAAAGAAUUCAAGCAAAAGCAAUAUACGUUAGCUCAUUCCAACGAGCUUUUACUCCAGCUCAUGGAGAAAUUAGAUGCCAUUCGACCUUUAACUGCCAUUGUGGGUAAUGGUGCCGACGAUAAAGAGCCUACUGAAUUUGAAAAAGCUUUAGUAUCCAAUAUUAAAUCCAAGAAGCGCAACGUCAUUGAGACUAUCGAAGGUCUUUUCCGUCGUUUAGAUAUUGCCAAUGUAAAGGCAAAGAAGGAGGCUGCUAGAAGAGAGCAAGAAGCUAAAGAAAAGGCUUUGGAGACAGCAAGAAUUGAAAAGGAAGAAGCCGAACAAAAAGCUAUCGCAGAAGCGGAGAAGGAGAGAAUACGAUUAGAGAACGAAAAGAAGUUGAAGGAAGAACAAGCAAAGAUUGCACAAGAAGAAGCAUUACGUAGAGAAAAUGAAGAAAAAGAACAAUUAGCUAAAGCCAUUAUAGAAAAGCAAGCCAAAGAUAUUCAAUUAGAACAAGACCAGGUCGCUGCACAGGAAGAAGCUGUCUUGGCUGCAUUGAAAGAAGUUGAGCAUGAUGAAAAAUAAAUAAAUAAGAUCGGGUCACCCAAACACUGAUUGAUCCGAGUAAUAUUUGUUCAAUUUUUUUUUCUUUUUUUACUUUUUCUCCCUUUCUUUUUU